UAUCUACUUGACAACCGUUGCCAAGUAUUUUCAGGCGGCGCUUUAUUCCGUUUGUAUGUUUUCGCGCGCACGUUAUCGAUGUCAAGUGUGCAUGUAUUUUUGCGCAUGAAACUCGUUGUAGAUGCCAUAAUGGUUUCCACUUAUAUUUUUGUUUUGAUUGACAUUACUUCCUUUAAUUUGCCUUGAGUUUGACUUAACGAAACAGCUUACAUAAUGCUCUCAAUAGUCAGUUUGUCUAGACGCCAGUCCUGAGUCCAUUCCAGAGUUCAUUCGGAAAUUUCCAGCUAGCCUCUCAAUGCUGGCAGCAAAAGAGAGCCGGAAAGCCGAAAACCGAAGAAUUUGUUAGUGAAAGUGUAGAAACCGACUCCAAGUAUAUGUAGCAAAAUUUGGAAAACCGAGCUUUUCGACGCCUUCAUACCCUGUCCUCAUCGCCUUUCUUCCCCAUAUAAUUAUAACGUGUCUGGUUUAGCCAAAGGAGGAUGGCCUGGGUAAGAGAAUGACUCACCCCAUCGAAACUGACUGAAGCUACUUAGGACCUCAUUUCUCCUCGUGUUUUUGUUUCCUUUUCGUUUCGGGCAAAAAUGGCUGCGUCAAGACAUUGUGUUAAUGAGGAGGAACUGAACCUCGUGUUUAAGCGUCUUGGGGAGCGAGGAAAAGAAGCAGAGUUGGUUAAAGAGCACGAGAAUUUUCUCAGUUAUCUUUUGGCGAAGCUCGCGGAAUGUUCGACCAAAUUUACCGAAAAGAAACUUGCUGUCCGACCGUAUGGAAGUGCAGCUGAAGAUUUGAAGUACCUAUCGCUAGACGAUUAUGGAGAUAUGGACAUAAUGGUAUUCCCGACCUUGGAUAGCUUGAUGAUUCCCCAAAAUAUGUUCGAAUAUUUACCAGAAAAUCCCCUCCAUGUGAGGAUCAAAGCAGGCGACCAUCCCGUGUUGCAGUCGUGCCUUGUAGAAGGUACAGAGUACCUUGCUACUUCAGCGUUUAAGAACUUCCAUCCUGCUAUCUAUGGGAGCAAAUCUUCGGAAUGGUUCGAUUAUUUAAAAGAUGGCUUGCGCAUAGGUUCGUCCUCUCUUCAAUGGAAGAACAAGAAAUCAGGCCCAGCGUUUACGAUUGAUUGCAAGCAGUGGUUUGGAACGACCCUCGAACAACUGCAAAACAUGACUGAGUCAAAGAAGGGGUGUAGUUUGGAAGUGGCUGAUUGGGAAGGGCUGGUUAGUGCAAUAUUCACAGCAAAUGGAGUUGAAUAUACGAGAGAACACGCUUCUGCCUUCGACGAAUUACUCAGCCAUAUGGGUAAAUUACAAGCUUCACUAUUUGAUAGUGGUCCAGAUGGAUAUGUACAUGGAUUACCCGCUCUCUCUGAACAAUUUCUAACAAGCGAUUCGAUGAAAAGCUACAUAGCCCGAGUCCGAGCAACUGAAAAUCAAUCACAAAACGAAAGUGGAAGUCAGACGGAAGGGAUCAGUCAUGACGAGUCAAGUGUCACGCAACAAAAGUGUGACAAAGGUGGGAGCAGUUCAGAAAUUGCCAAUAUCGCUCAACAAUAUCAAAGCGACGCUCAGACGCCUGAGAAUAAGGACUCGGAGUCCACUUCCUUUCAUGCCGUUGAUAACACACGAACCCCGGACGAUUUAGGAACUGAAAAACGAAACGAAAGCGAAGGUGCACGUGUGCUUGAUGCGACCGAAAACAACUCAAAACAACAUGGUGGAGAGGUUCAAGAAGAAUCCCGGUCGGCAUGGAUGAACUCAGGUGAAAGAGAAGAACUGACCUCAGAAGAUGGAACAGUAGGUGACAGAAGCAAACAUGAGGAGAAAUCCGGAGAAAGAGGGAAAUUUCAUCGAAAACGGUGGAUGGAUCAUUUGACUAGGACAGAAAGUGGAAACGAAGAGCAUGGUAACGAAGAGAAAGACUCUAUCAAGCAAAUGCGUGGAAUUGAUCUCGUGCCUGCGUUAAAAUGUCGAGGAUGGCCGAAGGCUUCACAAGAUUGGUUCGAAAAAGAGCGAAAAUGGCCUUCCGACGAAAUGGUAACUAGGAUCAUUGACGAAGGCUACCACUUGGUUGUGAAGCCUCCAAAGUACAGUAAAGAUCCAGAUUGCGACUUCAGAAUCUCAUUUUCUCAUGCAGAGUACCUGUUUAGCCAAGAGAUGAACGACAUGCAACGUGUCUGUUACCGUUCUUUGAAGAAAGUGUACCGUGCUUAUCUUUCCAGCCCAGAAGGUUUGGUGUCAUUCCACCUCAAGAACCUCUUUUUGCAAACAAUAGAGGAGACUGGUGCCGAGAUGUGGACCGAGAGCAAGAGAGCCGAGUGUAUGAUGAAACUCCUCGGAAACCUGCUAAAAGCUUUAAAAGACAAAGACUUACGACAUUUCUUCGUAAGAUCCUACAACCUUUUUGGUGUUGAUUACAUUGACAAGCCCGAAAAUCUGGCAGCCUUGGCCGAGAUGGUGGAGAAGAUCAUGGAAAAUCCGAUGGAGUUUACCGAAGCACUGAUCCAGCCAAAUGGAAAAGAUACGAAGCAAGUUGAAAAGAAUGAAUCGCAACAAAACGGCGAGCGAGCGGUGCCUGGAGGAGCAGCUGAACUGGGAGGCCACACUGACAAUCAAGGAAACAAAGAAGUUAUGACAGAUGCUGUGUUGGACAUCCCUCAGCAAAGUGUCAACUUACUUCCAAAUUAUAGAUACCAUGACAUGCAAGACAUGUACCUCCAAGUCGGCAAAGAGUUAGUGGAAAAAGCUUUAAACGGUGAUGAAAUCCAUGAUCCUUUUGAAAGGUCCCUGGUAGAAGAUCUCAAAAAAAUGAUAAUGAGCCAUAGUUUUCAGGCCAAAAGUUUCCGUGAGUUGUUCGAAUGUUCCUGGAGCAAUGCCUACUACAGGAUCUGCCUUAGUACCGAGCUGGAAAUGAGGCGCCGAGUGCUUGAUGCAAUUCAUGGUGAUGUCGAAUUGUGGAAGUACUGCCUGAGCCAGGAAGACUUAGCGUCAGGGAACGAAAUAGCCUUAGCCAAUCGAAUGCUGGAUCCAUCCAAUCAGGAUCAUUUUGACUUAAGCAACGUACUUCCAGCUGGUGGAAUUACACAGUACUUGCGCAUGUUCUUCCAUGGUCUUGACCACAGGCCACCUCAACCAGCGCGAGUGCAGACGACCCAGGCUGUGGAUGAUAUAGCUUUAGACUGAACUGAACCAUUAGUUGGAAAGUGACAUUGUUUGUUAUUUACUUAAAUUGACUGCGGUUGUAAUGUACUUUAGUUUCGCAAAUGAUGCGCGUUCACAUAGGACUUAAAAAAGCACAAAAAGUACGUUUUGCCUCUUAAUGAAAAGAAAUUCGUGCUCUUGAUUUUAAGCUUCUUUUUUCUGAAUGAACGUGUUUCUAAGUGCAAGGUGAUGUUAUUCAGUGAAUUACACAGAUAUACUCGGGAAAAAAGAAUUUCGAGUACUCCUAAGAGGAGACAAUCCUAUGACCGUCUGAUUAGUACUUCAGACGCUCUAUAACUGAGCUCUAGGAGACUCGUGACAGGCUGUGUUUUUGCAGGCAAGUUAACCGUUGAUGGGCGUGUAAGACCACGCUUGCUUCCGGCUGCAUUGUUCAUCUGUUUUUGUUUUUUUCCGCUUGCAUUUGAACUGGUUGCAAUUAUUAUUACAUUGAUUGCAUAUUGGUUUACUCCCUCUUGGCUAAUUAUAUAUCUAACAACAACACAACAACAAGAACAACAAUCUUUAUUUGAACUCUUUCUUACCUAAAAUACACUGUGACAUUCGAGCUGAUCACUGAAAUUAGAGAAGUGGCUACCUGGUAUAACCAAAGGGACUAGCAGGGCCAGGCAAAGACAAACAACCAAAAUACCAAAAUUGUAUCCCCCAAUUUUAGUUGCUAUUUUGUUUCUGGUUGCAAACAUCAUCUACACAUAAAAGCCGUAUUUUUGUGAAGGGAGGAACUGUUUAUACGUCGAGGUUCUUCGCGUGGAGGAAAGCGCUCUCGGAACAGCGGACUAGUUGAGUAUUACCUUGACUUAAGGCUUAAAAAGGAAAAGCUAGAAGUAUUUAGACGAGUACACACAUGUACAAACACAUGUAGAAGGAAAGUGAAAAAUGGCCACCAAAUGAACACAACAGCUGUUUCGAGGAAGGUUGUGGGCAAAAAUGACAAAAGUGCAUGCGUAAAUCUCGAAACUAAAUUUGGCAAUCCGGUAACCAGUGAGUUUCAAUCAGUCAAAUGAAUGCUAAAAUUCAUCAAAUCCACAAUGCCUUGUCCUAACGAUUAUAUUUUCUCAGAUUUCUCUGAAAUCCUGAGGACAAGGAAUUGUGAUGUGAAAACUACAUCCAAUGCUUUUCGGGUUUGUCUUGUGCACUUUUACACUUUUUUCCAACAACCUCUCUCGAAGCAUCUGUGCAUUGGUGAGAAUUAAGUUAAUAAAAAUAUAUGCAUUACAUCUCAA